CAUACAUCCAAUAUGAACUACCUUCUAUUCUUUCUAUUGAUUUCUUUAGUUAAUUGUAAAGGUUGCAAAGAUCACUGUGAAUGCCCGGAUCUCCUCGAUAGACUUGAUUGGCCAGAGAGAGGCAACGUUUCGUAUGCUGAAGGAGCGGGAUGUUUUAGAAAUAUCACUUGUGGAACAUCAUAUUACUAUACCUUCGUGCCUCUCAAUUUCACCGACUCUGAAAUCCCUCGUCCUGUUGAUUCUUUCGAUGAUCACGGAAAAGUCUUAUCUAUAAGCUACGAGGUACAAACAGGACCGAAUAUCAAUAUAUUCCAAUUUUUCGGAAUGGUUUGUGAAAAUAAUGAAUGGUAUAUCACAAAAUACCCGUACGGAAUUCAUUAUUUUUCCACUAUGAUAGAUACAUAUAUUGGAGCCAACGGAGAACUUGAUGGGAAAAAGACGAAACUUAAUCAUUUUUCUUGCGAAUUUCCAUCAAAAUAA